AUGGGCGUGGCCUCGGCCAAAUGGCGUUUUCAUGGAUUGAGCAGGUUUUCUCUGAUUUUUGGUCAAAGGCGAUGAAAAAUGAUUGUUCGACAUGAAAACACACUAAUUCUCAGAAUUAGUUGACGUUUUGGCGCAUUUUUCGCGGACUUUGUUUUUUCGCCUUCGCCGCCUCAAAACCGCACUUCUUAUUUUGCGCUUUCUUGACACGGCAAAGGCGCGCCACUUUUGCGCAAAGUUAGCGCAGCUUCAGCUGGCUAGUUGCGCAAAAGCUGCGUAAAGUCUGCGCAAAAGCUGUCACUUUUAAAAGUUUGCCCAAAUGCUGCUUAAAAAUGUUCAGUUUAUUUCCACUUCAUUUCUGCAUGAAAAAACAAUUUUAUUUUGAUAGUAUAAAAACCAGAAACAAGUACCAUUUAGAGAGUAGUGAUUGUAUAGUCUUCGUCACUUUCAUAAGUGAAAAAAGACACGUUGUUAUAAGUGAAAAUGCAGGCGAUGUAGGAGACACCAUCCUCAAAAUCUGAAAUUCUCAUCUACGAGUUAUAAAAUUCUCUGCUAACUCACUGAAACACUCUUCUGAUUCAUGAAUCGGAGGAGUAACGCAUGUGAAUCGUUCAAACAUCUUAAAUAAUUGUGAAGUAGCUCGAAUUCAAGUGAUUUCAUACAAAUUUUCAAUAACACUCGCUUCUAAACGAAAUCCGACUGAAAUUUCGCUUGAAAUGCGCUCAAACCGAGAAAAUACGGAAAAAGAUAAGUAGUUUAAGUUUGAUAAGCAACAAAAAACAAAUAAAACGCGUAAAAACAAGCUGGAAAAAGCGAACAGUACUGAAAUUGCAAAGUUUUCAUAACAGUUUCGCCAUGCCUUAAAGUUUGCGCAAAAUCUGCGAGGAUCCUUAAAGUUUGCGCAACGUGGCGCGCCUUUGCCGAGUAGCUCAUGUACCAGAGGGGCAUUCAAAGGUAUUUCAUAAAAGGCUAUCAGACCAUACUCUGGCAAUUCGAUAUUAAUCUAAUUAGAAAGUUACUGAUCUAAACGCGACCUAAUUAGAUUCGAAUGUUUUUUCUUGGUGCAAUCGAGAUUUGAGCCAACAGACGUUUGGCGUGAAACUUGAUUUGAGCACUUAUUAAUCUAGCUAGAAGAUUUAUUAAUCUAGCUAGACAAUUUAUUAAUCUAAUUAGGUGUCAUAUCAAUCUUAUUAGGCCGCCGUAUAACUCGAGUAGACUGCGAUUAGAUUAAUAACGAAAUGCCAGAGUACUCCUAGGGAGGCAACAGUAGUCUCACAGGGGACAUCACUAUUCAGUACUUACAAGAGAAACUCUGGAGGUGCGGUAUGUGAAAUUUCUGAAAUUUUUCACCCUGAAUCGCAAUAUCGUCAAAAUGUAAAAAAAGUAAUACCAUCGAGCUGAAUCCAAGUUUCUGAAACUCCAGGAUUUCUCUUGUAAGUACUGAAAAAUUAUGUUUUUUUUUUAAAAGAUAAAAAUUGACUUUCAGAUGUUUUUCAUGUGCGUCACUAGAGUAUCGAAUUCUUUUCGACCAGGACCUGUCUAUAUCCAGGAAAGUUAGGUUGGUAGAUACUCUUUCUAUUGAUUAUUGUUUUUUUACAGCAUACCCAAGUUUGACAGAUUAUGUGAUUUGGAAGAGAUGGUACAAGGAUUCGCACCUGUGGAGAACUGUCAUUCCACUUGUGUCACAAUUUUUGAACCACAAUACUUUGGAGGUAAAAUGCAUCCUUUCAUAGUACUGAACUACUAUUGUGGUAUUUGCCCAUUUGUGAACAUGGUUCGAAUUUCCCUCCCGUAUUUUGUCGCUGCAAAUCGCUGCUCACUCGCGUGCUAAAGGGAUACGGUUUGCGAUACGGAGCGAUAAAAACUGGCCCGAGCAUGUUCACCAAUGGUCGCCGUGUGCGAUGUGGUGUGCGGAAAUCGGCUUGUCAAUCACGUCAAUCUCCAUGGAGGUAAUUGGCUUUUAAAGUCUGAAAGUCUGUGUGAACUUUUCUUAAAACGCGAGUUCGAACCAGUGGACGUUCGAAUCUCGAGAAUUUUUCUAGAAUAAAGUUUCUUGGAGAAUACGCGUAUUACAGGUCUGCAAUCGUUGGAAAGGCCGUUUUUGCAUAUAAGAGGAUGUGCUGAUCAUAUUUUCUCUGCAAUGAAGAAUCGUCCUAUAGAAGUGGAAUUUUUGCAUCGCUCACCAAUAUGUGUCAAGCUACAGCUAACUCAAAUUUAUCCACAGGUUCAAGCUAACGAGUUAGUCCAAGUUUGCUCUUGCGAUAAAGAUGGUUGCAAUUUUGAUUCUAUGAAUGAUUCUGUUUUGAAAUUAUCUUAUUCAUUUUUGAGCUGUUUAUUUCUUUACAUUGUAUUAUGGUACAUUCAUUUUUUUUAAUGAUAAAAAUCUGAAAGCUACCAUCUCAGUAAAACAUGAAAUGUCCAUGCAUUUGGGCCUCUCUCGGCAAACCUCUGCAACUUUUCAGCAGAACUUAAGCAACUUUUACCUAACUUCUGCACAAACGCAGCUGAUGUUAUGCGUAGAAGUUGCUGGAGUUCUGCGCAGAAAUUGCUAUCGCCAAAAAGUUUGCUCAAAAGUUGCUAGGCAGUUGUUCAACAGCUGCUGAACUGUUGAUCAAAAAUUGAUGGCGCUGAAUGUUUGCUCGAAAAUUGCUAGAAUUCUGCGCAGAAGUUGUUAAUUCCAAACGUUUGCUCGAAAGUUUGGACCGGACCAACGAAAAUUGGAUGAUCUGCUUGGCUCGGUCUGUGGCAACAAGUACAUAACUACGCAAGAUUUACUAGAGGAAUUUUGCCGAGCGCAUGUCGUUUCCAAUGGUAUCUAUACACCUGGUUGUGAGAGAGACAACACAGGUGAUUCGCGAUCGGUCUAUUGAGAACGUAGGCCUAUGAUAUGCCUAUCAUUAACCAAUCGCGAGGAAAAAUUGCCUACAACACGUCUAUCGCUAAAAUUCUCGAAUUCGCAUAUGAUAGGCCUAUCAUAGGCCUAUUUACCUUGAAAAGGGUUCGCAAUAGGUCCACUAAACAUGAAAUUUUCGUGAUCGGUCCAUCAUGCGCUGACUUGAAACGGGCGGGGCCGGGCUUUAAAAAAAUUCUACAAGGCCCGGCCGGGCCCUUAUUUAGCAAGUCUGAUCAUGCGUCUAUUGAAGAACUAGCUCCGAGUUCUCAAUAGACCGACCACGAAUCACCUGUGAAGACUAUUUCUCUCGUCUAUCUCAUCCUCUCCGCAUAGAAGAGGUCGUAGAACACCUCCCUCAAAUUUCGACCUAUUGACCUAACUCCGCCCAUUCAACACGCCAACAACUUCCAACGCGCAAGCGAAAGAAUAGUAUUUCAAUAAUUCACAUUUAAAACAUAAAAUUAUCAUUUUUAUCAUAAUUCCUACAAAUACAAUUUAUCACGGAAUGGCCGAGCGGGGCCGUAAAAUCAAAAAUAUGGGUUAUUCAUUGUAUUUUUUUUUCGUUUUUUUACGUCAAAAAACUCUAUUGAGUAAUGUAAAACCAAAAGAAACGGAAAAAAAAACAUGAACUUAAUAACCCUAUAAGAUUCGCAUAUCGUAACUUUUUGCAGUUCUUGAAGGACCUAUAAAUUCUUGCGAAAUUUGAGAUUCUCAUUGAAACGUUCGAAACGAAUUUGCAUGAGAACCUCCAAAAUUUUUUUCUUAUUUACAGUACUCAACUUUAAAGGAACAUCACGUUCAAUCUUUUGGUCCCGCAACGAACGUGUUUUCGACAACCCGCUAAAAUUCGGUAAGAAAAUUUUUGGCUGGGAGUUAGAUACACUACAAAAACUCUAUUCGAGAAACAUCGCUUUUGGUUUUUCUAUUUUGAAUAUUUUCUUUUAAGGAACGAAAAUUGUUUUAUUUUCCAGGUCCAUCCAAGUUCCAGGAUCCUUCAAAUACUCCAUUGUGAUUAUACAUUGCGGUAAGUGAUGGUUUUUUGUCUUUGAAAUAUUGAAAUCCAUUUUACAGUAAACAAAUGCGAUUGCUGAUUAUCGAAUUAACACUUUUAUGCAUCAUAACUAUAAACUCAGUUGAUGUCAAGUGCCCGAAAGUUCCAAAAAAAUGCGUCUGCAAAGUACCAUUAAAAAGUUCUUUUUGAAUGUUCAACGAAAAUAUUCAGAUAGCUAAAAAGUUGAUAACCCUGGAAUGUGAAGAUGUUGGAAUGUUGAAUGUAGCCAAGGUAAAAUAUUCUGGUAAUCAUUCAUAUUUUAUUCUCAUUACAGGCCCUGGGUAAUAGCUAUAUCGACGAACUGUAUAUUUCCAAUGAAACCAGUGACAAUAUCGAAUCGCUGCCCUUUCGUGGAUUGCGCAGUAUUACUAUCACCAAAUCGCGGAUCAAUUCAUUCACUGCAAAAGUGAGUCAGAUAAACAGGAAUCCACAAAUUUUUCGAACCGGAGAAAAAGAAGUAACAGUGAAAGUGAAAAGUGGGUCACCGCGUCAAAUGUGAGAGGCUGUACAAGUGCGGUCAAUGAGACUGUACGGCCUUCAAACGUAAGGGAUCUCAUUCCGUCAUUUGCAUCAUUCCGAUCCAGCUACGCUUGACUCGGAUCUAGGCAGUUGUGAAAAGCUUAUCUGUCUACAGUAUUCAGGUAUCCAAAUGGCUUGGAACGGGGAUGGUCCCGUCUCGUGGUACCAAAAAGUAUCUUCAAUGUUACAAUUUGUUUUUCCUGACUCAUGGUACCCAGUGCAGGCACUCCCCCGGUUCCCGUCGCCCGCGUCCUAACUCUUUGGAUACCUGUACCAGUGUGUGAUUUCGAAAGCAGUUCGACAGAAGAAAAAAUUAUAAGAGGCGAUUUCUGAGAGACCCGAGAUAGGCCUGGCACGAAAAACUCAUGGCACAGUCAUACAGUGUCUUUUCAGUGAUUUCUUCGGUAAAUGCUUCAUGGCUAUCGUUUAGAAGCGGGGAAGCCGCAUUUUUCUUCUCAAAACCGUUACAAAGUUCACACGUUCAUUUAUAAUUUUCUCCGAAACAACUAAAUAUUUCCAUUUUAGUACACAAAAGCUAGCGAAGUCAACUUUUUCAUUUCUAUAACGACAAUAGUUGUGACGGUGAAAUUACAAGUAAACUAACGGUUCUGAGAACCCAACAAGCGGCGAAGCCGCUUCCGAGCGUAAAGUCGGCCCGCAGAGCGGACCCGUGAUAAACGAAAAAACAAAAGUCUUGUGAAAUGAUCGGAAUGAUGAUGAUGAUGUUAUCACAGGCAUGGGAGACGAUUGCGAGCACAGUUGAGCAUAUAACACUAAGCGGAAACCGACUCAGAAGCGUUCCCGUUUUUGGAAACAUGACCUCGUUGAUGUCACUGAACUUGAACGAUAACCAGGUAGGCCCGUUUUUGUUUUCGGUAGAGUAUGCUUUAGAAAUACGUGCAUGGACGUUUCGGCAGUUGCCAUCAUCAGCGAUUGGUUGAAUACAUACAAGUAGUGGAAAUAUGUUUUCUAACCAACUUAUUUCAGAUCACGAGUGUUUCCGAAUUUGCAUUCUCUGAUAUGCCAGCAUUGAGUCAGUUGCGAAUCGAGAACAACAAGAUCUGCGAGUUCCCAUCGUAAUUUUUCAAUUUUUAUUAAUAUUUUUCGUAAUUUUUCAACUUUGGCUUAAAUGCCUAUUGAACCGCGAAGCGGGCCCGGCUUCUAAAAGCUUUGUUUAAAAAAAAAACAACCCUUUGAAGCGAUAUAAUGGAAUGGACCUCGAACGAGAAAUAACUGUUACGAAAUAGAACUUUCUACGAAAAAUAACAUUGCAAAAAUUCGGACUUUUUGAAUUUCUCAAUUCUGAAAAAAAUUCAACAGCUGCUUGUAAGCACAUCUGCUGAUGUGUCAUCGAUUUUGAAACUGGAAAAGUGGAAAAAACUAGAAUUUUUAAAAUGAAAAUUAACGCAAAGGAUAGUAACUGCAUUUGGCGACGAAUCUGAAAAAGGGAGUCCGUGACAUAAGGUCGGAAAAAGUGCCAAAAGGUCGGAAAAAAAUGACAAAAGGUCGAAGGGUCGGAGGCCCUUUAUCUUUUUUUCCCGACCCUUUUUCAUUCCGACCUUUUGGUUUCCGACCUUUUCGGUUUUCCUACCUUUUGUCACGAACUCGAAAAAGGCGAAGUACUGAGUGCAGCAGAGCGCGUUUGCUUGGUGAUACGGGUUAGCAAUAGCGCACGGCCGACAACUUUAUACCGAUUAAAACAGUUAACCUCCAAUAUUAAUCAUUUUCCUUUCAGUAAAGCUCUAGAUGGUGUGAAACGAUCGUUAGUACUACUGGAUAUUAGUGGCAAUUGUCUCACUUCGAUACCCGCUCAAAUUCUCCGGAAUGCUGCUGGCUUGAUGUAUUUAGAUUUGGGAAGCAACAAUAUAAGCGAGGUUUUUUAAAAUUUAUUUUGAUCAUUUUUCAAGAAAUUCAUUCAGAUAAACAACUUUGAGCUCAUGAACCUGCCUCUGUUGCGAGAGCUCAGGAUACAGAACAAUUAUCUGCGGAGGAUCCAUCCGAUGGCUUUUAUGAACGUCCCACAACUUCAAUAUCUUUAUCUUCAAGACAAUGUUAUUUCUUCCUUGGAUGGAAAUCGUUUACAAGCAUUUAAACACCUUGAAGUUCUGGACAUUAGCAAUAAUGCUAUUCAAACGGUUAAAUUUUAAAGUUAUUUUUUAAUUUAGUCCGUUUCCAGCUUCCAUCGUUGAAGGACCUUCCAGAACUCAAGCAAGUUCGUCUUGACGGGAACAGCAUUAAAAAAAUAGAAACGCUAGCAUUCUCCAACAAUCCGAAAUUACAGUUAAUAAGCAUCCAGGUUUUUUGUCCUCUCAUCGUGUCUUCAUUUGCGCGACUUUGGAUUUCAGAACAACAAGAUAGCUCAAAUAUCAAGGAAUGCUUUCGAUUCACUGGAUAAGCUUGUAGUGCUACUUGUCGGCAAUAAUUCUCUCCAUAAAAUAGGUGCUUAUACACAUUUUAGGAUAAUCCUGAUCGAUAUUUUAUUCAGAACGUGGCAUGUUCGAUGGAAUUCGAAAUUUACAACAACUCAGCAUUCGCAAUAAUUCGCUUACUUCUUUGGAUACGCUCUCUUUCCCUCAACUCCUGCAUCUGACCACACUCGAUUUGGGAUACAACAAAAUAAGUGACAUUGAAGAGGUUCGCAAAAAACGAAGCGUAAUUCACGUUUUAUCAAUUCAGAGGACGUUCUAUUUUCUGGAAAAAUUAUUCUGGCUUGAUUUAUCACACAACAUGCUACGUGGUUUCCGUUCAGGCGUUUUCACUAAAAAAAUAUCAAACGUACUAUUGGACGGUAAGCAUAAAGUUUCAGAGUGUGACAAAAGUGGGGGUAAACUUGGAAUCGUGGAUUUCAAAGUAAUGAACAUUUGCGCAUGCGCCAUUGAAUUUCACAUAAAUUGCAAAAUAAUCGCUUUACAUAUGGCACUCAGAUAUUUCAGGGCAGUGAGUUGCCGUACUUUUCUCCUUAACGUGGUCAAAAUAGAUAAUACCACAAUUUCCUGUCCUAAAAAAGCUGAACCGUUAAUCGGUACACUCUAAAUUUGAAGUUUAAACUGCAUGCACAAACGUUACCUUUCCUAACUUUUAGCAUCCGCUAUUUUUUGGCUUAUCACCCUUUUGUCAUACUCUCUACUCUAAAGUUCUCAUAGUCGACUAUUGUCCAGUUAUAUUUGACACUUGGAAAAUGCACCUUGGCGCAGGGCUGGGCGAGCGAUUCAGUUCUCGUUGAUUGAGAAAUAGAUUUUAAAAAAAGGAAUAGAAUCAGCCUGUAAAAUGCACGUUAGUUGAAUUUCUGUGAUGUCCGCUUAAAGUUUCGUGGUGUCAGAUAUUUUUGAUGCUUUCCAAUAUAUAUUUUAAUGUUGUACAUACUUUUAGGGAACCAUCUUGUUUGUGACGAAACGAUAAAUCAAUUUCUGAGCUAUUUGAUUACAAACAAAGUGCGAACUUUCUUGCCAUUUCAACAGGAGAUUGUGUGUGCGGGUCCAGAAAAAUACGCCGGAGUUAGACUUAAAGAUUUGAUGAUGAAAAAAGCGAACGAUACUAUACGUGAAGGAUCACGAUUGAUCGGUCUUCAACACCAAAAUAAUCCAAAUUCAUUGCUUACCUCAUUCUUACCAUCAUUCGGACCUCUGGGAGGCAUGAACGGAGGAGCGCCUGGUUCAGCGAAUAGUUUUCCUCUGGUUAACACAAUAACCAAUGUAAGUGGUUAGUAAUAUAAUAAGCUAUCUAAUACUUUUUCAGGCUAUUCCCGCUCUUAGAUCCAUUCCCGGCAUAAAUGGGAACAGCCAUGCAACCAAUGGAGCAUCUUCUUUACCCAACAAAAAGUUUAACGACGCUAUAGAACAGGUUUUAUUUUAUUUUAUCAGUGUUGAUCAGAGACUGGAAUUAUUAAUGAAAGUCUUCACGAUUUUUCCCAAUUUCAGUUCACUGGCCCUCUUGUGAGAUUUGCGACCGGAGGCCAACCUGUUGCUGGUGAUAUAGAGCAGCUCAUUCGUUCUAUUCCUAAUAUGGUUGUUAAUGUUCCCGGAUUUGGGGACGUGGAUCUGAGCAAAAUGGAUCCAUCGAUGAUCCAAUAUAUCCUUAACGGGGGACAAGUGCCGGGAAUAGAUAAAGCAACCCUUGAUGCAAUAGUGAAGCAAGCAAUGCAAAAAAUGCACACAGCAGCUGCAGCCAAUCUUGCCGGAAAUCCUAUGGAAGGCCAAGAUAAGGUUUUGCCUCCUCUGGAAAAACUUCCUUCAGAACUUGUGACGCAAGUGAUGUCAGGCGAAUCACUGCCUGGACUAGAUCAAGAACAAACGAAGACAAUCAUGGUAAGUUAAAAAUAUUUUUACUGGGUGUUCAAAUACGUCCGUGCGGGAUGUUCUCAUUCGUGCAAAAUGAAAUAAAGACGGCACCAUUCUUGACGGUAUAAAUCUCCUCUAUUGUUCCGAACAUUACAAAACACAAAGUUUGUGAUAUCCAGUAUUAAUGGAGAUGCAAGCUUCAUCCCGAGAGUAUAAUAUUCGAUUGAUCUGCCUUACCCACACAGCCCACUUUUGAACAAAGUUUCGUUUUUUUUUUCAAAAAUUUGGAAGUUUUUUUGAACGACUUUUUGUUCGUCGGGCCGACUGGGUCGGAUAAUUUUAAGUUUCGGCCAGAAACAUUGCAAGUCUGCUAAAAAGGUCGUCCAAGUUUUGCUCAGAUCGGUACUCUCAGAGUUCAGUUGCUAACAGAGAUUGUAGACACGAGUUUCCGUGCUUAAUAAUAGUAGUGCUUUUACAGGAAUACUAUACUCAUCAAAUGCCGGGAAUGGAUGGAGUGCCGGCUCGUCCUGUCAACAGCAAUGGCAAUUCGUCCAACAUCAUGUUCAAUCCUGCCAUUUUUGAUUUGCUUAAAAUGCUUCCACCCGGGUAUAACCUCAGCAAAAUUCCGAUGGAGGUUAUCAACGCAGUGACACGUGGAGAAGUUCCCGACAUGCGGCUUUUGCCAAUCGAUCUACUGGAACACUUCAAGCAACAUACAUCGUCGCUAACUUCAAUGUUCGCGGGGGCUACUGCUAAAAAUAUUUCAAUCGAAGAAAUAUUAGAGAAGUUACCAGUGUUUGUGCGCCCAGAGCUUUCCACCUUUGUACCAUACGACAUUAAUGAACUCACCAGCGAGAUGGUUUUGGAAAAAGAAGUCAAUGAGAGACAUCGGAACAUUCGACUCGUAACUGCCAUCGCACUUGCUUUCGUCGGAGCAGUUACCGUGUUCGUUCUUAUUUUCUUUGUUAAGUAUACUAAGAAACAACGCUCAACACGGAAAAGGUGUGCCUGGAAUCCGAAACUAAAUAAUUUAGUGAGUUGCAGCAUGAACUAUCAAAACUCUUCAACGGGAAGCUUUGCUGGACCGACUAAUGUUGUUGCCGCAAGUGGAAGCACAUCCGUGAGGUCAUCCGUUGCUCCAUCGCCUAUUCGUCCACCACUGAUGUCCAUUCCGAAGACACCCAAAAAUCGAACCCUCGAAAGUACAUUCGGACAGCCUCAACUUUGUUCUACUCUAAUUGAUACACCACAGAUCUCAAAAAGUUCCCAAUAGCCUUUUUCGAAGUCUUUUUUCACUGCACGUUUACGGUUCGGUUUUCUCUUGGUCCUGUUGACGGGUUUUUCAUGUAGUUAGCUCAAGUCUUACGGUAGACAAAUUGCUCAUGUCAUAUUUUAUUUUUUUACUCACUAUUGCACAUUUUUUCUCACACAAUAACAAAUGUAAAUGAAGAUUGACGAGGAUCACACUUAAGACGGUUUCGAUAGACAUCGGACCCUGUCAUCAUUCAUCAUGGCAAAAGCCGUGCCGUGGCAGUGCACUGCAGUGUGCAGUACACUGUGUACUAUCGAAAAAAUAUCUGGGAACUCGAUCGCAAUCUAAUUAGAAAACUUUGCAAUCUAAUACGAACUCGUUUGAAAUAGAAUUUGCUUCAAUUAGAUUGCAAAAUCUUUUAAUUAGAUUGCAAUCACAGCAAUUUUUCUAAUUAGAUUGCAAUUUUUUCUUAUUAGAUUACAAUUCAGGAAAAAUAUAUUGUAAUCUAAUACGAUUUUACUGGAACUUCAAUUAAAUCCAGACUUGCAACAUCCUCCCGGCCCGGCCCGGUCGGCCCGGGAGGAUGCACCUAAAAAUUCAAAGCGAACUAGAACUUCGAAACGAACAUAAUUUUAUAGACUUAAAUUUUAUAGACUUAAAAAGGCAAUGUUAUAGCAUAAAAACCUGUUAAAAAAUAGAAAUUGCUGUUUAAAGUCGCAAAAUUUUCACAAAAAUUACGAAAAUUUUCUCAAGAGUGGGCGGAGCCGGGCCGACCGGGCCGGGCCGACGAUUUGCUGGCCCGGCCCGGCCCGGCCCGAGCGAGCCAGGCCGGGCCGGGCCAAAACCGGGCCGGGCCGGCCCGGGAUUUGGCAAGUCUGAUUAAAUCUGAUUAGAUUGCGAAAUAGAGCUUUUUCUUUUUAGAUUGCAAACUCUUCUAAUUAGAUUGAAAUCGAGUUUCCAGAGUACUCGGCAAAGGCGCGCCACUUUUGCGCAAACUUUAAGAAUUUUCGCAGAUUUUGCGCAAACUUUAAGCGUCCUCGCAGCUUUUGCGCAAACUUUAAGUGUUUUCGCAGGUUUUGCGCAAACUUUAAGGCAUGACGAAACUGCUGUGAAAACAUUGCAUUUUCAGUACUCUUCGCUUUUUUCAGCUUGUUUUUAUGCGUCUUAUUGCUUAUCAAAUUGAAACAACUUGUCUUUUUCCGUAUUUCCUCGGUUUGAGCGCAUUUCAAGCGAAAUUUCAGUCGGAUUUCGACAACUUCGCCCGAAACGAAGAGUUCUUUCUGGAGGGAAUAUUUAUUUCAGAAAAGCGAAUUAUGAAAUAUCGUGUAUAAAUCGGGGAGAGAACGCAGCCGCUGACAAUAUCUCUUGAAACUCGCCGUCUUCUCAUUUUUGAACUUUUUCUUCUCUUCUUCAAGAUUUUUCUUUUCGAUCAUCUCUUUCCCGAACUUGCACUCUCUUCUUUUCAGAGCAACGGACAUGGCCAGCCGGAUGAACAUGCCUGCAAAAUGUGAGCCUUUUCAGGGAAAAUUCAAGAAAAGCCCCCCACCUCAGCAGUUCGAACCCCCCAGGUUAUAAACAACCGUAGAAAUGCCCCCACCAGUACAAAAAAAGUGGGGGCUUUUUCCUGACGACGGGGGGGGGUCAUACUUGAACGCUUCUGUUCAACAAUCGCGCACAGAAAUGGCGCUCUGUUGAGAAACUCUUUUUGCAGUGCAAAUUGAGCGACCUCGGGGCCGAGUUUAAAAAGUUAGGCCACAUUUUCAGUGGAAAAUUACUUCGUGGCCUAGAAAUUCGGCCAGAUUGCGAACAGCGCCCUUUCUGUCCGGUGCCCCUAUAAUAUUAAUAGUCAGAAAGUUCAAUAUUGCUAUUGGAGAAAUUCAGAGGCUUUUUAGAGUUAUUUUUAAAAAGUUUCUUUCAGUGCGUGGCCAUCUCGCUCCAACUCUUCGCCAGCCAGACGUCGACACGGUAUGAUUUCUUUCUAUUAUUAGAAUAAUAAAUUACAGCACACUGAGUCACAGCGUGGACAUGAGACCAAAGGAGACUGCUGGCGCAUCUUGCACUCACUUGGCGCACUAUUGGAUUUUGUGGUUUCGCAAUUAAAAUCUUUUUCUCGUUUUUAUCUUUUAAAACAUGUCGAAACGCAAUUUUUCGUUACAUAUUUGUUGCAAAAAACUCAAUUUUGAAUUUUCAGGACUCGUUGCAACAAUUUCUGCAGUUGGAAAGGCGCGACGCUGAUGGAAAUUGCCGAGCGGCACGGAGUAGCGGUUAGAAUAAAAAAGAACAGUUAUUUUCUUCCCCGAUAAAUAUUUUCAGGUUUUCCCCAUAAUUUUACCGGAUUGCGGCGGACACGCGAAUAG